AGAGGAAUCGAUUAGAAUUUGCAAAUGGUUCUUCGAUCUCUCACCUAAUUUUUACCCUUGGAUCGAAUAUGAAUGGACAAGCGAGCAAUUCACCUUUGAGUAUAAAGGAGAAACACACGUUCUCUGGGAUGGAUUCAUGUUACAAAUUGGAACCAGGACAAGGUGCAUCACAUACGAACAUACAAUCUAUACAGGUAAACAUGCAUCUUAACGUGAGAUAUAAAGAUCCUCAUAACCUAAAAGAGUUGUUAACCGAGUUCGAGAUUAAGAAUGGAGAAUUUGAAAACUGGAUUAAUACUAUUCCUGGUAGUUACCGAUGGUGGUUCGUUGCUACCGACCAACAGUCAAAAUUAAAAGAUAAGAUGUUGGGUGAAACAAUUUACCCAAGCGGAUUACGCUAUAAUGGUGAAAUGUUAUUAUACCUACUAACGAGUGGAAAAUUGGUCUUUGUAAAAUACUUUUUCAAAAACUACACCAAAACAAAUGCAAGUGGGUUUAAACUCGAAGAAAUCCUUGAGAAUAUAAUUGAUGAGGAUUGGUUUACUGAACAGAAGAGACAAGUUGAUUAUGAGCUUAGUGAAGAGUUGAAACCCUACCUUAAGAGAGAAAGAUUCAACAAAAUAUCUGAACUCAUCAUUGAUGAAGGAAAGAAACUUGUUAGACUAUGUAACCCAGAGCCUAAGUUGCUUAAGAAGAUCAACCAUAAAAGUGACAAGAAUUACCUUUUUCUGCUACAAAUUUUAUAUGAGCUUUUAAAAAUCGAUGAUAAGGAUCUUUCCGAUGAGGUCCUAUUUAGUAUGGGAAGAAUAUUUAGUACCACCGAAAACCUGAUCCAUGACCAUAUCGUUGCUAGUAGAUACUUUAAAGAACUGGCCGAUGAUAAAAGAUCCAAACUGCGAUUGCAAUCAGCGGAAGCAUAUGCUAACAUUAUACGUAUUAAGGCUAUGGGUAGACUGGGUGGGCCCAAUGAAGUACUUCCAUAUCUGGAAAUCGCAAUCAAUCUUAAAAAGGCAGACAUUUAUUUUGCUAUCUACUCAGUGUAUGCUGAAUUGGGUAGGAAGGAUAAUGCCA